AUGGGUAGUAGUAGCAGUAGUUGCAGUAGUUCUGGAGGUCGAAGCGUUGAAACUCAUUACAGAGAGGAUAUCCGUCAAGAAGAUUCCCAAAAGGAUGUUCGUGUCGUUUACAUUUAUAUCGCUUUUUGCAGACUAGGAGUGCGUUUCAACCAUUGGAGCGUCAUUCUCGAGUUGAGUAACGGUCAAUUUGCAUGCAUACAGAAAAUACGUCACUCAUUCGGGAAUGGUUGGAUUCUCAUUGAGGUUGACAGCGAUCUAAGAACCUCUGUAUUACGUACGUGUGGAGAUACCAACGAAAUUAGAACUCAUAAGUUUAGUGCAGUCAAUUUCUCGUGGAAGAAGCUACGUUCUUGGGUUCCUUUUGAGGAGGGCUACAACUGGACAUAUCUCAACUGCCAAAAGUUUGCUGACAAAGUGACAUCCUACAUCUGUGGAAAGGAAAUUGAUAGUCUUCCCUGUGAGGAUGGACCAACAUAUUAUAGAUAA